GCGUUAGCGUUCCGUUCAACUGAUAAAUUAUCAUAUUCUUUUGACGUAUAAAUUGAACCAGUUCGAUCGCAGCCGUCACUGUGUACUUUUUUCAUCAAUCAAAAUAAUAGUUGAAAAUCUGUCAUUUCGGCGAUUUUUGGAAAGUAUAAAAUGAGCAACCAAACGGAUGAUAAAAAUAAACCAUCGCUGGUGAAACAGGCAUCAUUGCAAAUCGUUGCCGGUGGCUCGGCUGGAUUUGUAGAAGUAUGUAUAAUGCACCCACUUGACUUGGUCAAAACUCGAUUGCAAAUUCAAAAUAAAAAGAUGGUUCGAAACACAGCAUCGUCGGCCAGCACAAAUGAGAUUUACUAUAAAGGUGUUUUUGACUGUUUUCGAAAAAUGUGUCAACACGAAGGAUUGUUUUCUAUGUAUAAAGGAAUAAUUCCACCAAUCAUGGCUGAAACGCCGAAACGCGCAACAAAGUUUCUGUGUUUCGAGCAAUAUAAACGAUUUUUCAUGUUUGGAUCAGAUAAAGCAACACCAUUGGCGUAUUCUCUAGCUGGUCUAGGUGCAGGAGCAACAGAGGCAAUUAUUGUCAAUCCAUUUGAAGUCGUUAAAGUAACGCUUCAAGCAAAUCGGGCCAAAUCGACAGAAGCGCCGACAACUUUCACCGUUGCUCGGCAAAUAAUCAAACAAGAUGGAUUUGGCUUGAAAGGUCUCAAUAAAGGUCUAACGGCAACAAUUGGACGUAAUGGAGUUUUCAAUAUGAUUUACUUCGGCUUCUACCACAGCAUUAAAGAUUAUUUUCCAGCUUAUGAGGACACGACGCAUGAAUUUUUACGUAAAGUUGGCAUAGGUUUCUUAUCUGGAACAAUUGGUUCGAUUUUCAACAUUCCCAUCGAUGUUGCAAAGUCAAGAAUUCAAGGACCACAACCAGUACCAGGACAAAUAAAAUAUCGUACAACUUGUGGAUCCAUGUUAACAGUAGCACGUGAAGAAGGUUUUGGUGCUUUGUACAAAGGUUUACUGCCCAAAGUCAUGCGCCUUGGUCCAGGCGGUGCGAUCAUGCUACUUGUGUACGAAUAUUCGUACGAGUACCUCAAGGAGCGUUUUCUUUAGGAAAGAAAAUGAUUUUGGGACAUUUCAUUUUAGUACGAAUAUAUGUCUUUUGUGAUUUUUGGGUGUUACUGAUAAGAAAUAAUAUGUUGAUGUCUUCGUCAAAGUUGUAGUGAACCUUCUCAAUAAACGCCUCAAACAGAUAGUAUCUCAGUAAUGCUAAGAACGAAAGAAAAAAUUAAGAAAAUAAUGUUUUUUUACGCGAUUUUGAAUUUGCACGAGAUAAGAGAUACUCGAUUCUGCGUAGAACUCAAAACUGCUAUUGUUAUUAUUAUGAGAAAACGUCGAGAAAUUUGAUCAAUGUCUGAACUCAAUUUGAAGAAAAAAAAUUUAUUCACAUUUAUAUACGUAUGGAAAUAUAAUUGCGAUCCGCGUGGAAUUUCAGUUUUUCGAAUAUUUAUUUGCAAAAUAACAGAAUUAAUGGGAGCAACCUGGAAUUUCGCUGCGGCUCCUAAUUGAAUUUCCAUGACUGUAUGUGUUCACGUUUUUUCUGUUAAUGUGUACUGUGUAGCAUUUUACAAUAAAUCAAAAUCAAUCACA